AUGAGCUUCCUGUCUAUCAAUGUAAGGGGGGUGGGAGAGGAUGCGAAAGUGGGUUGGGUAAAGAGAUUGAAGAUAAAUCAUAAAGCAACUUUCGUGGGGCUUCAAGAAACUCAGAUAUCGGAUUCCUCCAAUAUAGAUGUAAAUGGCGGGCGAUCAGCUGGACUCAUCUCUAUUUGGGACUCCACUUGCUUCCAAAAUUUAGAAGUAAUCAAGAAUCGGUGCUUUCUAAUUGUCAUUGGCAAGUGUAAGAACAUAGAAGGUAAUGUAAACACGGUUAAUGUUUAUGGUCCCCAGUCCCCAUCUGAAAAGAAGAAGGUAUGGAAUGAACUACUUAGAAUUAUAAAUGAAAGAACCGACAUGUGGGUCGUGUUUGGGGAUUUCAAUGUUGUGAGUGCUCUUGCGUUUAACAGAUUCAUUCAGAGUGCCAACUUAAAGGACUUCAACAUGGGCGGGGAGAAAUUUACUUAUAUGAGCCGUGUCGAUGCCAAGCUCAGUAAGUUGGACAGUUUUUUGGUUGUAAAGGAGGCAUGGAACCAAUUUGUAGGGUAUGGUACCCCUGAUGUGUAUUGGGCUGCCAAAUUCAAAUUAUUGAAGGAUUCGAUUAAGAAAUGGAGGAGGGACGCGAGUCUUACUGAAAAGAAGGAGUAUAAUGACACUAUGACUUUGGUUAAUGAGUUAGAGAAGCUUGCGGCGACUAGACCACUUAAAAAUAGAAGAAAUCUUCUUCACGGCCUCAUGAUUAAUGGUCGCUGGUCAACUGAGGCUAAUGAGAUCAAAGAGGAAGUUUUCAGAUUUUAUCUUAACAAAUUCUCCGAAGAUCAUGUAUGCAGACCCAAAUUGAGUAACUCGCAGUUUAAGUCAAUUCCAAUGAUGGAAGCCAUUAGAAUUGAAUCCCCUUUUAGUCUAGAGGAGGUGAAGGCUUCGAUUUGGGAUUGUGGAAGUGAAAAAGUGUAA